UUCAAAAUAGUACCAUUUUAAAAGUUUCCUGGGCUGAAUGUCUCGGUGUCUAUGCCUCGCAACAUCUCAAUAAAAAAGAUUAAUUAUUGUCAAUGUGGUAAUUUGUGGACUUGUUUGUUAUUUACAAUAAAAUCGUAAAAUACGGGUUUUAGUUACGAAAGUCGUUUGCAUUUAUAGAAAUAUAAUACAUUCCAGCAUAGUUUACUACGACCACUAUAAGUGUGAUACUUACGCUAAGCGACAUUGGUUUUCUUGAAGAACCCGAAGGCGAACGGAUUAGUGAGCGAUGGAAGCAAUGGACAUUCAGGCCGUAGAAUCCAAGUUGAGUGACGUCACUGUGACGGCCAUACCUAUGAGUGGGAAGAAUAUUCACAAAGACUUGAAUCACGGAAAUAACAGCCAGGCUACUAUAUCGACCGUGCCGGCGACGUCCCCUUCCUCUGGGGGAAAAGACAAGGAUAAUGGAAUGUCGAAUCCGAUGGCGGUAGCUUGGCAGAACAAGCUGCGAUGGGAUACAGGGUACAGCGCAGACUCAGUAGAGUGGUGCCCCGUGGAGCCACAUCGUGCCGUACUCGUUUGUGGUACUUACCAGCUCGAAAAGAGUGCCGAACAAGAAACCAACGCUACUAAGCAGACGAGACUUGGGAGAAUAUAUUUAUUUACCAUCAACAAGGAUACCACAGAAUUAGUUCCUAUUCAUUCUGUUGACACCUCAGGAAUAUUAGACCAGAAAUGGUGUUACCAUGCUAUUCAGGACUACCCUACAUUGGCGGUGGUAACUUCUGUCGGUACUUUACAACUGUAUCGCUUGACUAAUGAGAAUGGUUCUUUAGAACUGAAGUUAUGGUUAGAGCAUGUGAUUGGUGAUGAUGUGUUGGCGCUCUCUGUUGAUUGGUCAACGAACAAAAGCUGUGAAGCUGGAGAACACUGUUUAGUGGUAAGCGACUCCGCUGGUAGCGUUCACGUGCUGAAAAUAGCUGAAAAUGGAUUGAAGGUUAUCGGCAGCUGGAAGAGUCAUGGAUUUGAAGCGUGGAUAGCAGCAUUCAACUAUUGGAACCCUGAUGUGUUUUACUCAGGUGGCGACGAUUGCCUCUUCAAGAGCUAUGACGUGCGAGUUCCAGAAAUAUCUACAGCUGUUAACAAGAGGCAUGAGGCUGGGGUCACCUCAAUCAGGAGCCACGUGGAUGUGGAAUAUCAGCUCUUGACUGGCAGUUACGACGAAAAGGUUCGUUUAUGGGACACACGAAGCUUAAAAAGCUCUGUUGAAGAAAUAGACGUUAACGGUGGUGUUUGGCGUCUCAAGUGGCAUCCUUACCGGCAGAACAUAGUCCUAGCUGCAUGCAUGUACGGCGGGUUCCGUGUAUUACGGGUAGAGGGUCAAAUGGAGAUCCUUAGUGAAUAUUUACAACACGAGAGCAUAGCGUAUGGGGCUGACUGGAAGUUUGAAACGGACGCCCUGGUUGCAACUUGCUCAUUUUAUGAUUGUAAAAUGCAUAUCAGUGAAAUAGAUUUAUAAGAAUAUUGGUUGUUAACGAAAUAUAUUGUUUGGUUAUCUAUAA